AUGGCGGAACUCGACACGCUGGACAUCGUCGUCCUGGCCGUCAUCCUCUUGGGUACGGCCGCCUACUUCACAAAGGGCAAAUACUGGGGAGUAGUCAAGGACCCCUAUGCCAACGCCUUUGCCAACGCCAAUGGCGCCAAGGCCGGCAAGACAAGAAACAUCAUCGAGAAGAUGGAUGAGUCGGGAAAGAACUGCAUCGUCUUCUAUGGAUCCCAGACUGGUACCGCCGAGGACUACGCCUCGAGACUCGCAAAGGAAGGCAAGAGCCGCUUCGGUCUCGAGACCAUGGUCGCCGACUUGGAGGACUACGACUACGAUAACCUCGAUUCCAUCCCCAGCGACAAGGUCGUCAUGUUUGUUCUCGCCACCUACGGUGAGGGCGAGCCCACCGAUAACGCCGUCGAUUUCUACGAAUUCAUCACCGGCGAGGACGUCUCCUUCUCCGAGGGCAACGACCCCGCCUUGGACAACCUCAACUUUGUCGCCUUCGGUCUCGGUAACAACACCUACGAGCACUACAAUUCCAUGGUUCGCAACGUCACAAAGGCUCUCGUGAAGCUCGGCGCACACAAGAUCGGCGAGGCUGGCGAGGGUGACGAUGGCGCCGGUACCAUGGAAGAGGAUUUCCUGGCCUGGAAGGACCCCAUGUGGGCUGCUCUCGCCGAGAAGAUGGGUCUGGAGGAGCGCGAGGCUGUCUACGAGCCCACCUUCAGCAUUCUCGAGCGCGAGGGUCUCGACGCUUCGUCCGCCGAGGUCUACGUCGGAGAGCCGAACAAGAUGCAUCUUGAGGGUACCGCCAAGGGCCCCUUCAACGCCCACAACCCCUACAUCGCCCCCAUUGCCGAGUCCAAGGAGCUCUUCAGCGUCAAGGACAGAAACUGCCUGCACCUCGAAGUCGACAUCAGCGGAUCCAACUUGUCCUACCAGACCGGUGACCACAUUGCCAUCUGGCCCACGAACCCCGGUGAAGAGGUUGACCGCUUCCUUGACCUUGUCGGACUUACUGAGCAGAGACACUCGGUCGUCAGCGUCAAGGCCCUCGAGCCUACCGCCAAGGUCCCCUUCCCCACGCCCACCACCUACGAUGCCAUUGUUCGCUACCACCUCGAGAUCUGCGCCCCCGUUUCCCGCCAGUUCAUUUCCACCCUCGCCGCCUUCGCUCCCAGCGAAGACAUCAAGGCCGAGAUGGUCAAGCUCGGAGGCGACAAGGAGCUCUUCCACGAGAAGACUGGUGCUCACUUCUACAACAUUGUUCGGUUCUUGGACUCUGUCAGCGGCGGUCAAAAGUGGACCAACAUCCCCUUCUCCGCGUGGAUUGAAGGCCUCACCAAGCUCCAGCCCCGUUACUACUCCAUCUCCUCCUCGUCCCUGGUCCAGCCCAAGAAGAUCUCCAUUACCGCCGUGGUCGAGAACCAGACGAUCCCUGGCCGCGGCGAUCCGUUCCGUGGUGUCGCUACAAACUAUCUCCUCGCUCUGAAGCAGAAGCAGAACAACGACCCCGAGCCUACCGCCUUUGGACUGACCUACGAGAUUACUGGCCCCAGAAACAAGUACGACGGUAUCCACGUGCCCGUCCACGUCCGCCAUUCCAACUUCAAGCUGCCUUCCGAUCCCUCCAAGCCCGUCAUCUGCAUUGGUCCCGGUACCGGUGCUGCCCCCUUCCGCGGUUUCAUUCAGGAGAGAGCCAAGUUGGCUCGCGAUGGCGCCGAUGUUGGUCAGACGAUUCUCUUCUUCGGAUGCCGCAAGUCGACCGAGGACUUUUUGUACAAGGAUGAGUGGGAGCAAUACAAGAAGGAUCUCGGCGACAAGUUCGAACUCAUCACCGCUUUCUCCCGCGAGGGCCCCAAGAAGGUCUACGUUCAGCACCGUCUCAAGGAGCGCUCCAAGGAGAUCAACGAGCUUCUCGAGAAGAAGGCCUACUUCUACGUCUGUGGUGACGCCGCCAACAUGGCUCGUGAGGUCAACACCGUUCUGGGCCAGAUUCUGGCGGAGCAGCGUGGCAUCUCUGAGGCCAAGGCCGAGGAGAUUGUCAAGAACAUGAGAGCAGCCAACCAAUACCAGGUACGCCGGAUUCUAUAUUCUCACAACAGCUUCGUGACCAAUGCUAACAAAUACCUCAGGAGGAUGUCUGGUCAUAGAGUCGGUCUGUCUUAUGCGACACGGAGUAUGGGAUCUAGACGGAAAACGGAGAAGGCAUCUACGCCCUCUUAUAGAGGCGCGAAACUUUGUGCGUGCGUGGGAUGUGUGUGUAUAGAUGUGCGCACGUCUUCUAUAUCAGCAUAG